AUGAAUCCUUAUAAUGAUGCAAUCAAUGAUCUAUCGAAAGGUUUUGUUUCUAUUUAUAAGCCAUCUCUAACUAAUAUACAGAGGCAGCUAAAUGAACUCACAAGUAAACAAAACAUGUUAAUCAUUCAAAUGCAUGAUGAAAAUAUUGACUUAGCGGAUGUUCAACAUUCUCCAGAAAUUCAAGAAUUGUUUAAAAAGAUGAAUUUAUAUCAAAAUAAGUUGUUAACAAUUAGAAAAGCCAUGAAGCAGUUACAUGAAAGGAGCACCAAGUUGACAAAUAGAGCUUUAAGACUACAACAAAUUAGAGAAAAAGAAAAAUUUGCCAAGCUACAGUCUGAGUUAGACCUCAAGCGUGAAGAAGAACUGAUUGGAUCGAAACCAGAUAAAUCUGAAAGUGUGAAUUAA